AUGCGUCGGAUGCGUCAUCCCAGUAGUUCCCAGCCGCACAUGCACGAAGGCUGUCGACGAAUCGAUACUCGCCAACUGCAAAAAACCCCUCCUCCACGCAAACAAACUACGCUCCGAGCUAUUGCAGCUUUCAGGAAGCGCAAACUUGCUGCGUGGGUAGUCGGUAGACGUAAAAAGAAUGUCGUGUAUGAGAUGCCCGUGUACAAGUAUCACCGGAUUUUUUCGAGAAGACAUACUUUUCCUGAGGUUUCAGUGCUGAGCAGCGACGAAUUGUUGCCCACAACGAAGCAGUCAAAACGUGCUGCAAGUGACGUUACGAAAGACCAAAGAGAGGAUGAAAUGAGGAGGGAGGAAGAGAGGUGGGGAGGGUUGUUAGGUAUCCACAGCCGAUCAUGUGCAGCCGAAUAA